GUUCAAUAAAAUUGUCUUAAAUUGUUUUUUAAAAAUUGACAGGUUUUCCUUUUGGAUGUUAUUUUCAAUGCUAUAGUUCCACAGAUUAAUAGCUCUGACUAAAAAGGAUCGCUGUCCUGUGCUUGUUCUGCAGAGUUGUUGUUUUUAUCUUGCCAGAUGAUUGAAAUCUGGUAUUGUAUCUGUGUGUUUGCUCACACAUGUUUAUAAUCUUGAAACACAGAUAGGACGGUGCUUGACCGUUCAUACAUUUAUAAGUCAUGAUCGCGUCAUUUAAUACCAACUUAUCAGAUACUGGAAGCCAUUUCAGAGCUUUCAACGUUGGAGUUAUGUGUUCAAAUUUCUUCUUAUUGUCCACAAUUCCAAAAAUUCCACACAUGUCCGAAAACGACAAUCCUUCAGCAGGAAUGCGUGGUAGGUACCCUAGGCAAAGCUACAAAACCGAGAUUACGGAUCCUUCAUCUGGAGAUCAAAUGAACACUCCUAGCCUAAAUUUGUGUAUUAUCCACCAGAAGCCUCAUCGCCUUAGCAAGUGCCGCGCUUUUCGUGCCAAACCAAUUGACGAGAGAAAAACCUUAUUCGACAACACCACUUGUGUUUUCGUUGUCUUGCCUCAACCAGCCACAUGGCAAAGAAAGAUUGUAAGCUUCCAGUUAAAUGCACUGAAUACGAAAGCGACAAACAGUUAGCUGCAUUACACGUAGAGCCAGCCUAGUCCCAGUCGUUCUGAAGCAAGCGCGAGAAAAAACGUGGAUGUAGUACGAACUGCUGGGACCUAGGUGUGACGUCAUCGCUAAAGGUGCUUCAGAACGCCUAGCAGAUUUCAGUAGUAGUAAUAUGGCGGAAAAUUUAUAAAUACAAAUAACCUUGUAAAUACGACAAUGUUCGUUGAUCA